AUGGCUGGAAGAAACGAGGGUGCAAUUGUUGAUGCUUUGAAAAUCUAUGAUAAGGAUAGUAAAGCCCGAUCUACUCACUACAAGAGUGUUAGUGAAAGGAAAGGGAAGAUUCAGAUUCGAGGGAAGUCAUACAGUACUCUAGCUGAUAAAGGGAAACAAAAGGUUAUAUAUGAGAAGAAGCGAAGUGAGGGAGAGACUCCUACUUCUGUGAGAUGCUUUAAGUAUGGUGAGUAUAGAAAUUAUGUUCCUGGGUGCAAGAGCACAACUGUUAACUACUUCAAGUGUGGGAAGUCAGGUCACCGUGUUGUUGAGUGUAGCAGUAAUAAUAUGAAUUGCUUUAAUUAUGGAGAGUGGGGUCAUAUUAGUACUCAGAGUGAGAAACCUAAGAAGGAUCAGUCUAGAGGGAAGGUUUUUGCAUUAUUUGGAUCAGAGGUUACUGUGUCAGUUAACUUAAUUCGAGGUAUUUGUUUUAUCAAUAAUAUUCCUUUGAUUACUAUUAUUGAUAUGGAUGUGGCACAUUCUUUUAUAUCUGUUGCGUGUGUGUCGAGGUUGAAGUUAGAGGUGUCUACUAUGAAUGGUAGUAUGAUCAUUGAUACCCAAGCUAGUAGUUCAGUGACAAUUUCCUUGAUGGAGUUCAACCAUGUGUUUAUCAAUUGUUUUGAUAAUUUAGUGAAGUUUCUUGAUUCCGUAGAGAGUACAUAG